AUGGGCAAACACGGACAGACGAUGAACAAGAAGCGGAAGACGUCGCAGCGCGCGGCGAAGGAGAACGGCCGCGCGCUCAAGCUUCGAAAGGGCGGCGUCGACAGAAACAAGAUCGAACUUCGCAAGGUGCAUCGAUCGAACCGACCGCAGGUUAGCGGCGUCUCGAGGACAGGGAAACAAGCGCGGAAGCAACUCAAGCUCGCGCGGCGAGCAGAUAAGGAAAAGACGAAACGAGACGAAGACGAGAAGACGAGCGGCUGCGCGAAGAAGGACGUCACGGGGGACGUCGCGAUGGCGGACUGA